CACAAACACGCUACGCCUUUGGCGUCCUUGUCGAGCGAGAUCACGAUCGGGCCAGACGCUUCAGGAGCCCUCAGAAACAGCGGCGUACGGUGACGUUCCUUGGAUCGGCCUCUGACCUUUGAGGGCAACACCGUGGGCGUCAUUCCCGGGAAUGAGAUGGAGAAUUCCAACUCGAAUCCAUAUGACGAUGAAGAGGGUAUCUUGGUUGUCAAGCACGGUCACUUCUCCGGCUUUACCACUGGGAUCUCUAACCAAGUUAAGUCCGUCGUUCGAUGGCCCUACCGCGAUCUUACCUUUGAGUCGGAAGAGUGGUGCGUCUUAGGCAGCGGCUUGACUUUCUCGCAAACCGCUUUCUCGAGCCGAGGCGAUUCUGAGUCUUGCAUGUUCGAUCUUCAAGGUCGUAUUGGUGGUAUGCUAGUUGGUGGGUCACAAAGCCAAGGUGGAGGGUGCUACGACGUUACGUAUGUUACCCCGAUGGAGUGGCUUUUGGAAGACAUUAGGAGACAUGGUUAUGACGUGGAGUUGUUGUGAAGGUGUUUGUGUUGCUGGUGGCAGUAAUAUUACGACAACAAGGGGCAAA